UUUAGGAGAAGUGUUUUUUAGUGCUUGAACUCGCAAAUUGGCAGACUUUUUGAGGGGCGAAAGAAAGCAACAGGUUGCUGCAGAGCUCGUGCGAGAGCGUCGCCGGGAUCGGUGCGGAACAGUUGUUGUCGGACCGUCGCAACGAUUACGACACAGAGUCAAUCAGCACGCACGCUGCUAACAAAUUUGAGAGCGCGCGUCUCUUCGAGAAUUGCCAAAUAAGAUGCAGCUGUGGCUGAGGAUUUCCAUGCUGCUCUGCUCGUUCGGUUUUCUGCGCGAGCUGCGACCCUCGGAGCCGUACGUGACCGAAUAUUUGGCCGGCGAUUGGCGCAAUCUGACCUCCGAACAGAUCUACCAGCAGGUGUAUCCCUUUGGCACCUACUCGGUGCUGGCCCUGCUGGUGAUCGUGUUCCUCAUCACGGAUCUGUUGCGCUACAAGCCCAUCAUUGUGCUGUCCUCUGUGGCGGGCAUUGUGCUGUUUGUGCUGCUGCUGUGGACGCGCAGCCUGCUGGAGCUGCAGUUAGCCCAGCUGUUCUUUGGCUUCUUCAUGGCCGCCGAGGUGGCCUACUAUACGUACAUCUAUGCCAAGGUCGAUCGGGCACGUUAUCAGAUCGUCACCGGGCAUACGCGUGCCGCAAUUUUGGGUGGCAAAUUUCUGGGCGGCAUUGUUGCCCAGCUGCUCGUCUCAACGGACUGCAUGAACUUUCGCCAGCUGCACUACAUCUCGCUGGCCACACAGAUUAUAUCGCUGCCCAUUGCCCUGCUGCUGCCGAGUGUGCCGCGCAGCGUUUACUUCUAUGCGGUGAAGGAUUCGCCGGCGCAGCUGGAAAAUGAGAAUGCGAAAAUGGCGGCGCCAAAGUUUUCGCUGAGAAACGCGUGCAGCCUGCUCUGGUAUCAUUUGGUCUCCUCCUAUACGAAUCCCAUUGUGCUCAUGUGGAGCAUCUGGUGGGCAUUGGCCAUUUGCGGCCAGGUGCAGGUCAUCUCGUACAUACAGUUCCUGUGGAAGGAGCUGGCGCCGUUGCAUCAGAGCAACUACAAUGGCGGCGUCGAGGCGGUGGCCACACUUCUGGGCGCCAUCGGAGCCAUCCUUGCCGGCAUGCUGAACAGCAACAGUCGCCGCAGCUUUUAUAUGCUGCUCAAUUCGGUGUGUGCGGCCAUAUUGGGUGUGCUAAUGCUGCUCGCGGCCUGCUGCAACAGCGUCUGGUUGGCGUACGUCAGCUAUGCGAUCUUCUGUGCCAUCUUCUUCUUUAUCAUCACCGUGGCAGCUGCCGUUGUGGCCGAGAAUCUGGUGGACGACAGCUUCGGGCUGGUGUUUGGCAUCAAUACGCUGGUGGCGCUUGUCUUGCAAUCGAUAUUAACUGUUGUUGUGCUGACCGACACGGGCUUUGGCCUGCCGCCAAAGAAGCAGUAUAUUGUUUAUGGCAGCUACUUUUUGGUUUUGUCUGCAGUUUACCUGCUGCUGCAGCUGCUACUAAAGAUCUUUGCCAGAAAGUCUCCGGCGGCGUGAUGAAAUAAAAUACCACUCGAAUAUCCUUAA